AUGCGGUUUCUCUCCCUAACCCCCUUUCUAUCGUUAUAUGGAAGAUGGCUUAUAAUAUCUUUCUUGGCUCUCCGCUUUUCGUAUGCCCAAGUUCCUCCAGACCCGGAUCCAGAAGCAGUUGCCGGAGAUGUCACCGGCGUACCUGAAGUCCCCCUAAUUAGAAGAGAAGGGGAAUUCGUUUACAUCAGACUAAAUCCAGAGUUUGAUAAAUGGGUCUUGGAGAACGAGAGGGUACUCGCAGCUUUCAACGAAGAAGUGAAUUUAUUCGCAGAGACCCGCGCGCAAAUCUGCCCCCUCGGCAUCAACCCCAAUGAACCACAAACUACUUUUUCGGGCCAACUCGCCCCUCAAACUACACCCAAUUCUUUUGGUUAUCUCAUCUUUGCUCUCAAAGGGGAGGUUGAAAAUAUGCUCAAACUUGAUGUCGUCGGUGCUGCGACAGAAGGCCGAAAGAUUCCUGAAUGGUUGAGGGCAGUUAGUAAAGCAUGGAAAUUACCUCCUGCUGAGGCGCGAGAUGUAAUGAUCAACCGCCGCCGCUGGUUAAAGGAGUAUGUCGAUACACUUCAAGUACACUGGGAAACGCUUGAUAAAAUCAAUAAAAAAGAAUUUGUCGAUCCUUUGGGGUUUUUCCCUAAGCCAGCACCAUUCGGAGCUACGUUACCUGAUCGUAUCUCUAGAAUGUUGGUGAUAUUACGAAGCGUCUUCGGUGGCUUAAGUCAGGGCCCGGAGGGAAAGACGGCAAUGAUAAACCUACCAACCCUGAAAUUUAAGGCUGGCAAGUGGAAGAAAAGAAGCGAGAUGUUAAGAGCCAGGGUAAAGGACGCUGAGUUAUGGCGUGAAUACGCACAGAAGUGGGAGCUGAACGAUCCAGAUAUCGUAAAGAUACUAGGUCAUUAUAGGUAUUUUAACCUGUUUGAAACUGAAAGUUGGGGUGCUUAUAGGGGGGUGAGUCUGAAGCGAUCAUUACCGGUAACUUUAUUUGAUAAUAUUUGGGCAUGGUAUGGGUGCUGGUCUGCUGCAUGGAAUAGAAUCGUGACGAUAAUAGACCAGCUUACGCCUCUUCCAGGUUUGGAAGAUGUUAAUCUUGAAUGGGCUCCCGAAGGACAGCCUUAUACAACAAAGGAUACAAUCACACUUGAGGAGCUGAUGUCGGAUGUCCCACAUGACCCGAAAUUGACGAAGUUGUACAUGGAAAGUCUAUUGAUGGCACCACAUGAAGAUCUUGCGACCAUUCCGAUUCCCGAUAACCAAGCCCAGUUUCGAAUACAACCUCGGCCCCAAUUUAAUAUGCAAGAUCUAGUAGAGGCGCCGGAAAACUCGUAUGUGGCUCCGAUUUCUACUACACAGACAGAAACCCAGCCACAAGCCCAAGCCCAACAGGGGAUAAAGAUUGAACCACAAUCCGAAGCUCAGCUUCAAGAAGUUCAAGUUCAACCCGAAGUUCAAAUCCAACCCGAAGUUCAAGUUCAGCCCGAAGUUCAAAUUCAGGAGGAGUCCGAGCAAGGACGGAUGUUGAUUGAGUUUGAGCCUAACCAAGGCGAUACCAGUGCUACCAACAACGAACCAAUCGAUAUCUCGGAUCUAUCGAGCCACAGGUCUAGACCAGGGGGAAAAUCUCGGGCGAGGAUGAACCGUAAACCGAAAAAUCAAGAUCAACAGAUGGAAGAGGAGCUUUGA